AAUAACUGACGCUGUUUAUGCUAUACUUAAAGCACGAAGAGCCCCAAAAACACUCGUCGAUUUACAAUAUUUCGAACAUUUGUGUAUAUUAUGCAAAAAUUUACCAUUAAUUGAAUAUUUAAAUGUUAACAUAUGGUAUAAACGAUCAACUAGGGAUCAAUAUAAAUAUGAAACAAUUAAAAGUAAACAAUUAUUAAAAAAAUUAAAAACAUUCUAUCUUACAGUAAAACAUGGAAUUAAUUUUAAUUAUAUUAAAUUAUUAUUAUCACAUUUUUAUUUCAAUAUUGUUAUUGCUGGUCAAUAUUUAGAAAAAAAUUUAUUAACAAAACUGUUAAAAACAAAAUGUCCAAUGAUUUUUUUGCAUUAUCGUACAAAUAUGAUAAAUAUUAAUAGUGAAUUAAUGGAUUCAAUUGAAUGUGUUCAUUUUUAUGAUAAACCACUACUAUCAUUACAUUUAUUCAAACUAAUUCAACAAAUGUUUCAAAAUGUUGAUAAAUUAAGAUUCUCGAUUCCUUUGAAUAUCGAUAAGAAUAUGUUGAAUGAUAAGAAUAUAAAACUAAAUACAAUUGUAUCAUUACAGUUAUUAUUUUUUCAUCAUGAUUAUGAUACCAAGUAUCCUGUUAUAAAACCUAUAUUCCAAUUAACACCAAAUAUAAACGAAUUAGAAAUAUCGUUUCAUUUAUUAUUUGUAAUUAAAGAUCAAUUACAUAGCGAUCAAGAUUUAUAUGUAAUAUGUCAACAAAUAAGACAUUUGAUAAUUAGCAGUUAUAAUGAUAGUCGAGAUUUGGAUAAUUCAUUUGACGUUGAAAUACAAGCCAUAUUUUAG